CUCGCAAUGCUCCUACAAAUGGCGUUCCCCAUGCGCCCACUCCGGUUGAGCAGAAGUCUUGAAGGAUCGAUACUGUUUUUCCUUAUCAGAAGUUGUGUUGAAAUUAUAGUGCAACGAUAGUUGGGCAAGUACUCUUACUGUCCGUGUCAUCCACUUGUCAUGUCAUUUCUUUUGUCCCCCUUUGUUCCCUAUUCGCCUUUGCUACGAUUUUCGAGGAAUCAUCUGGCGCGGUGGUACAUAAUCUUAUUUUUCUUGUUGACAUGUACGAAGACGAAGAUCCAAUACCACACUGGACGAUGUUGUUGUGAGGAAAAUUUGGAGUUCCGGGUGGCAGAAGGACUCGCCAUGAUCACAUGUUUCGGGAGGGAGGGGACGACGAUAUCCAGGCGGACUAGCUUUUCCUCUCUACUUUUCGAUUGCAAAUUGUUAUCAAAUGAAUACUAGUAGUUUAAAGAAGUUGUAUGCAGCGUUGUUCUAUUUAUCUCAUACAACAGCCAGAUGUCGCCAACAAAGCAGCAAGAGA